AUGGCGGUAAACCUGGACAAGGAAGCGUACUACCGCCGGAUCAAGAGAUUAUACGGCAACUGGAAGGUAAAAAUACGAUCGUUUCGAAUCGUGUUUUGGAGUUAAAAUUGAUUCAGAGAUGGAAAAAGUGAGAUUUGUUGGAGAUGCCCACCGCUGAGCCGCGUUUUUUCCAACCGAGUGAGCUGACUCUGUUGUCGGCAUGAGUGGUGAUGUUCCCCCGCUUGCUCCAGCACCCACACCCGGGGAGGCGAAGAGGGCCUAAGUCCGGGAGACUCCCUCGAUUUAUCCACCCUGAAACUCUCACUUAACUCGACAUAUUUUAAAAGACGACCCCCUAUUCCUGUUUCUUGUACUAAAGUCGCUUGCUAACUUAUGCUAACUAUCAUCAUUAGCCCCCCAUUCACCACAUUAGCGGCUAGCUCGUUAGCUAUCAAGUUUGCUAACGAAGCGGCUAAACGUAGUGAAGCAGCGUGUGCUAAUACAGGUAAUUAGUGUUAAAGUGAUCACAAGAAGUCAUAUAACCCUCAAAUGUGAUGAGUUUUAGUCUGUUGAGGUGUUAAACGUUACUAUCAGCACGCAAAGCUCGUUGUAUGCUAAUGUUAGCAGGCUAAUUAGCAUCAGAAUAACGCCAGCAUCACAGUAACAUGUGCAGGAUGUGACUGCAGGAUCCGAACCGUGACUUUACUCUGUGUCCUGUCUGUUUGAGGAGAUUUAACCGGCUAAUGUAGUAACUUUACAGUUGGAAAGUUUUAUUUUCAGAAGUUCAACAAUGUGUUGCUACUUGUUUUAUUGUAUUUCUUGAAAUAUUGCAGCCACAACACGGAGAAAAGCAGCUUAAAUGCGUUUCACGGCCCUAAUUUAUCAUCCUAACCUGUUAGGGAUGUUUAUUUCUGCACGUUUUAGAGUUUUAACUCAACUCUGAUACUGCUUUAAAACUUAUAAGAGUACUGCAGGCCAAUAGUUAUAAGAUAAAGUACAUGGAGUUAUAGUCAGACAAAGUGGGUUAAAGCUAGUUUUGGACUGAUUCAGCUUUUAUCAGUGGCCUAUUCUGAAGCCCGUCAGACAAUGACUUAAAGGGUUAUUCAGGCGUAGAAUAAAUGUAGGGUCAAACACACGUAACACCCAGUUAGACACCCCCUCCAGAGAUGAAUGUUGUUGACCGCUUGCUUCUCUAGUUAUACCAACUUUAGUAACGACCGCACGAUAGCAAUACACAGCGGUCUAGGUCUCCACGCGCAAAACGCCACAAAUGAUGCUCGGAACAGUUCCUAACUUCAUCAACAGUACAUUUAGGGUCCCAGCCAUCAAACAUCUUUUUAACUUUGCCUGUUUUUUUUUUUUUUUUUAGUAAAGAGACUAAACCCAGCUCACCUACUCUCCUCCAGCAGCCGCUUGUUUGUAGCGAGACCUCAGGCCAGUCCAUUACGGAUUGCAGCGGGGUGACGCAGCUCAAGGAAGAACAUUUAUGAUCAUUACUUUAUCAUUUCCUUGAAGUAAUAAUCACCAUAUUAAUCAUUUUACACUGCAGACGCGGUAGUUCUUCCGUCUUAGCGUCUCGGUCUGAUUGUAUUUCCAUGAAGAAAUGAUCAUAAAUGUUCUUCCUUGAGCUGCGAAACUCCGCUGUAGUCCAUAAUGGACUGGCCUGAGGUCUCUCUACUAACAAGCAGCUGCUGGAAGAGAGUAGGUAAGUUGUGUUUAGUCUCUUUUCGCAGAAAUUGGGCAAAGUUAGAUGUUUGGUGGCUAGUACUAUAGCUGUGACCCUAUAUGUCCUGUUGAUGAAGUUAGGUGCUGUUCUGAACAUUAUUUGUGGCUAUAGAGUGGCAGAAAUGACCGCUGUGUAUUGCUAGCGUGCGGUCGUUACUAAAGUUGGUAUAACUAGAGAAGCAAGCGGUUGGCAACAUUCAUCUCCCGAGGGGAUGUCUAACUGAGUAUUAAGGUGUGUUUGACACUAAAUUAAUUUUACGUCGUUAUAUCCCUUUUAAAUGUGAUGCUAAUAACAGAUUUGAUAUUUUAACAUACAAAUCUAUUAUUUAUUUAUCAUAAUUGUUUUAUUUGGAAAAUCCUAUAGUGGCUGACACCUACCCCCUCACACCAGUUUCAUGCAUAAAAACGGAGAUAUAGAAAUAGCCAGUCUUAUCAGGGGUGGUAUUGUUUGCUUUUGGAUGUCAUAAAAAGGCAUCAAAAUCAAAUUUUAGUCUAUUUUGUAAAUGUCAAGGUCCUCAAAGGAGCUUUAAGUGUAUGAAUGGGCCUCGUCAGCACAGUCAUCAACCAAUUAUUUCAAAGUGCCAUCAAUCAGACAGACCAGUUAAAGGCAAACAAGACCAUCACGGGCACAAUUGAGGAGUUUUAUGCUGUUAUUUUGAGGAAGGCUCAUCACAUUUAAUGAUUGAUGCUUGUCUGUGUGUUUUCCAGAAAGGCGAGGAUGAGUUUGGCAAAGUCGAUGCCAUCGUGGUGUCCGUUGGGGUGGACGAGGAAAUCGUUUACGCCAAAUCUACGGCCAUACAGGUAUUUGAAAGUGUCAGUUUCAGCAGCAGCAGGAUAACAUCACUGAUGUGUUCAAGUGUAACCCCAUAACUCUGUGUUUGUUUCUUCUACUAGACGUGGCUGUUUGGCUAUGAGCUGACAGACACCAUCAUGGUGUUUUGUGACACCAAGAUUAUCUUCCUCGCUAGCAAGAAGAAGGUGGAUUUCCUCAAACAGGUGGCGGUAACGAAAGGAAAUGAGAACGCCAACGGUGUCCCACCCAUCACUCUGCUCACCAGGGAAAAGGUAACCUCUGAGAAACACAGACAGUAAUCAUAGUUUUUGUCAGUUUUUGUUGAUCUGCUUCGUCCUGGGGUUGGUUUGUUCUGCUUGUGAAGUUCAUAUCAGAUUUCUAACUGUUUCCAAUGUUUGUAUCCGUCAGAAUGAAAGCAACAAAGCCAACUUCGACAAGAUGAUCGAGGCGAUCAAAGGCAGCAGAGAAGGAAAGACGGUGGGCAUCUUCAGCAAAGACAAAUUCCCCGGAGAGUACAUGAAGAGCUGGAAUGACACUCUUGGCGCCGAGGGACUGGAGAAGGUAAGAAGCGAUCUGACACCCGACUUUAGAUCAAAACUUUUCAUUCUUCUAUCUCACAAACUUUUUUCUAUGCGUCCCCUCUGCAGGUGGACAUCAGCGCUGUGGUCGCGUACACGAUGGCGGUGAAGGAGGACGGUGAGCUGGGAUUGAUGAAGAAAGCGGCGGCCAUCACCAGCGAGGUUUACUCCAAGUUCUUCAAAGAGCGCGUCAUGGAGAUCGUGGACGCAGAUGAGGUGAGGAGGAGGAGGAGGAGCAGACUGACGUUGAAAGGAAUCAUUCUUUGACAAAUUCAACCUACACUGACAUUCUGUUUGCUUUGUUCCACUGAUUUGUUUCCUCUCUGCUCCUGCAUGUGUCCAGCCUUGAAAACUUUUGUGGAAAAAAAGGCAAAUAAGCUUUAAAAAUUAAGUUUUGCCUGUUUGUCGACUGGCUCCAUUUAAUCACAACUGCUAAAACGUUAGCUUUUUAGUUUCAGUCCAAGAGUUUCAGGCAGAGAUUUAAGAAACUAAAAAAACUGAGAUGCUGUGAAGUCUCCAUGACUUUCUGCUGUAUGUAAAUUUUUAAAAAGAUUGAAUAUUAAUUAAAUUAUCCCAAAGAUGCAAAAACUGGUAUUUUCUGUGUAGAGCAGAUUAGUUUUCGUCCCAUAAAUGAAGUUUUUUGACCAUUUUUUGAAACUCUUUUCUCUUCCCGUCCUGUAGAAAGUGCGCCACAGUAAGCUGGCGGAGUCGGUGGAGAAGGCGAUCGAGGAGAAGAAGUAUCUCGGCGGCGCAGAUCCCUCCACGGUGGAGAUGUGUUACCCUCCCAUCAUCCAGAGCGGGGGCAACUACAGCCUCAAGUUCAGCGUCGUCAGGUGAGUCAUAAAGACAUAAAUUUGUUCAAAUUCACAUAAAACUUUUUGAAUUUUUACCAGUUUGUAGCUGUCUUGAAGACUGAUCCGAUUCUUUCUUGUUCCUCCAGCGAUAAGAACCACAUGCAUUUCGGCGCCAUCACGUGUGCCAUGGGGAUCCGCUACAAGUCGUACUGCUCCAACCUGGUACGGACCCUCAUGGUGGACCCUUCUCAGGAGAUGCAGGACAACUACAACUUCCUGCUGCAGGUGGAGGAGGAGCUGCUGAAAGAGCUUAAACACGGUGGGUUCAGCAAACGAUAAAAUAUCAUGAAAGAAACCUCUUAAUCUGUCAAUUAGAGAGCUUGUUUUUGCUCACAAAUGUUCACUGAAACCUAAUAAAGAGGAGAAAGAGUAUCAAGUUUAUUUGUUGAUUGUAAGAUUUGUUGUCCAUUUCCUCCACAGGUGUGAAAAUCUCCGACGCCUACAACACUGUCCAGGAGUACGUAAAGAAAGAGAAGUCAGACCUCUUGGCAAAGCUGACCAAAAACCUCGGGUAAUCCCCCCCUUCCUUUCCACUUUUUAAAAAAAUGUAUAUUUGUUUUAUGUACUUUUAUAGAAACUUGUUGAAUUUUCUUUUGUUGUUGGUGUUUUUUGCAGCUUUGCGAUGGGAAUCGAGUUCAGAGAAGGCUCUUUGGUUUUGAACGCUAAAAAUCAGUACAAACUGAAAAAAGGUGAGGGUAUUUUCGUGGUUACAUGUAGCACUACUUCACUCUGUAUGGAAUUAAACAGUUAAAGGAACAAAGCACAAAAAAUUGAACCAAAGCUGGUGCGUCUUUCUCCCAGGAAUGGUGCUGAACAUCAGUUUGGGCUUCGCUGACCUUGUGAACAAAGACGCCAAGAAGGAGGAGCAGAAGAAGUAUGCGUUGUUCAUUGGAGACACGGUACAGAUCAAUGAGGUGAGACACACUGACAGGUAACAAGUCGAAGUUUAAAUCGUCCAAACAACGACUCGAUCAAGUGUUUGUAAUAAAUCCGUAAAUGUUUGUGUAACAGGAGGAGGCGGCCACGAUACUCACACCAGUCAAGAAAAAGAUCAAAAAUGUGGGAAUCUUCCUGAAGGUGAGUUUCUUUUCUCGAUACCUCACUAUUUAUAAAUUGGCAGAUGAAGUAAAAGUUUAUUUUUAUUGACUUUUUGUGUAACCAUGAUAAUAAAUCUUUGAUGCCUCAUAAAAAAACACGUGUUGGUGUAUUAUUUUUUAAAAAAAAAAUUUGGUCAUAAUCAAGAGAAGUCGCAGCUUUCUGUUUCUGAAACAUCCUUUGUUUCCUUAAAUAUGCAGUUCCCCAAACUUCCACUAGAGGCUAGCCCCAAAAGUGUGUCAAUCUCCAUAGAUCUGCAUUAAAACACUUCCAUCUUAAAAGAUUACAUUCCAAAUAAAGUAGAUGUCUUCAUUUGUAACAUUUAUGGGGUUUUUAUUAUAGAAGAUGAAGACGUUGAGGGAUGUUCUGCUCGACUUUCUCUUUGGUUUAAUUUUCUUUUUCUUAAAAUCUUCUGUUUUUCCCUCUAAGAAUGACGAUGAAGAGGACGAGGAGGAGGAAGGAGACGAUGCAGAGGAGCUGCUGGGGAAAGGAGCUCGCAGCGCCGCCCUGCUGGCCGACAGAACCAGGGUAAGAACGAAGGAGGGUUUGUGUUCAGAUUUGUGUUGCUCUGUCUCCUUGGCUGGUGUUAAUAACUAAAGAUGUGAAUGUCUUUGUACUCUAUCAGCUACUGGGGAAGGUAAGUAUUUACCGUUUCUACUCCAAUCUCAUCGACUGGACUGGUUCAGUUUUGAGAAUUUACGUAUUGACAGGGAAAAUUUUUGUCGUUUUUUUAGUUGAGUUGUUUCUUUUGUGUGUUUGCUUUUAUUUUUCUGACCAUUAAAGCACACGUCUGUAACCUGCAUGUAUUCUCUUUUGUUUUCUCCCAUUCUCUGUUGAUAAAAAAUAAUAACCGUCCUCUGGUGUGGAUGUGUGAUCACUCAACUGUGUGUGUUGUUGAACUCAGAACGAAAUGACGGCGGAGGAGAAGAGGCGGGCCCACCAGAGGGAGCUGGCUGAUCACCUGAACGAAGAGGCCAGGCGCCGUCUGACAGAGCAGAAGGGAGAGCAGCAGAUCCAGAAGUGAGUGUAAAAGCCAAACCUGUUCUCUGAAUAAUCUUUGUUUUGAAACGUAAAGAUCAAAGUCAGCGGUGAGAAAAUGCGUUGUGGAUUCAGUCGUGUAAUUAACUUCCUGUUCGUUGAUUGAGUCUGCUCUCUGUUCCCUUCAGGGCCAGGAAAUCUAAUGUGUCCUACAAGAACGUCUCUCAGAUGCCUCGAGAAAAAGACAUCAGGGAGAUGAAGAUCUUUAUCGACAAGAAGUACGAGACCGUCGUCAUGCCCGUGUUUGGUAUCGCCACGCCGUUCCACAUCGCCACCAUCAAGGUAGGCUGAUAUACACCUUUGUUCUUCUUGUAUUCGUCCUCCUUUUUUCAAAAGUCAUUGACGUUUUCCUUUUUUGUUCUUUCUAACUCCCGUCCAGAACAUCAGUAUGUCUGUAGAAGGAGACUACACCUACCUGAGAAUCAACUUCUACGUCCCCGGCAGCUCUCUUGGGAGACAGGAGGGGAACAUUUUCCCCAACCCUGAAGCAACGUUUGUCAAAGAAAUGUGAGUCCAAACUUGAUGCAAAGUGAUCGUAUGGAAUCUAAUUUGAUGGAAUACUCCUUUAACCGUAUUUUUGCCUUGCAGCACGUACCGAGCGUCCAACCUGAAAGCUCCCGGUGACACUUCAGUGCCCUCCACAAACCUCCAGAACGCUUUCCGCAUCAUCAAAGAGGUCCAGAAGCGCUAUAAGACAAGAGAGGCCGAAGAGAAGGAGAAGGAAGGCAUCGUCAAGCAGGACUCGCUGGUCAUCAACCUCAACCGCAGCAACCCCAAACUCAAGGACCUCUACAUUAGACCCAACAUCGCUCAGAAGAGGAUGCAGGGUUCGCUGGAGGCGCAUACCAACGGUGAGGCAGCAGGAAAUCACCUCCUCAGACAAACAAACAGGAUUGUGGUUAGAGUGAAGAUUAAAAACUGGGUCUUCUGUCUGCUCAGGUUUCCGUUUCACGUCAGUACGUGGUGAUAAAGUCGACAUCCUUUACAACAACAUCAAACACGCCAUCUUCCAGCCAUGUGACGGGGAGAUGAUCAUCGUACUGCACUUCCACCUCAAGGUACUAAAGACUUAAGGGUUCUGUUAAUAUUGGCGUUAAGAGCAGGCAGGGACGAACAGUGCCCUUAAAGAAAUCUUGAGAGUCGGCAUAUUUAGUGUCUUUCAAGGUUGAGGUUACCACUUUAUCCAACACAUCAACUUCAGGGUUGCUCACUCUCGAUUUACUCCCUCCAGAACGCCAUCAUGUUCGGAAAGCGCCGCCACACAGACGUCCAGUUCUACACGGAGGUCGGGGAGAUCACGACAGACUUGGGCAAACACCAACACAUGCACGACAGAGACGACCUGUAUGCUGAGCAGAUGGAGCGCGAGAUGAGGCACAAGCUCAAGUCGGCCUUCAAGAACUUCAUCGAGAAAGUGGAGACGCUGACGAAGGAGGAGCUUGAGUUCGAGGUGCCCUUCAGAGACCUCGGGUGAGUGCGUUAGAGUCCUGGAACAACAGGAUCGUGGCAAACUCUUCAAGAAGUUGUACUGAUUGUUUUGGCUGAUGUCUUUAAAGGUUCCAGGGCGCCCCCUACAGGAGUACCUGCCUGUUGCAACCAACAUCCAGUUCACUCGUAAACGUCACUGAAUGGGUGAGUGAGCAAACUAAAACCCCGGCAUGGUAAAACUUUUUAACACUACCGGGCAUGACUCUAUAAAAGUGAUGUGUGUUGGUCUUUAGCCGCCGUUUGUGGUGACUCUGGACGAGGUGGAGCUGGUCCACUUUGAGCGUGUGCAGUUCCACCUGAAGAACUUCGAUGUGGUCAUCGUCUACAAGGACUACAACAAGAAAGUGACCAUGAUCAACGCCGUGCCAAUCAACUCCCUCGACCCCAUCAAGGAAUGGCUCAAGUAAGACGGGACCAACAGGGAAGGGAUCGAAAAUACCCAAACGGCCUGUUCCCGACUCGGACUUCUUCUGUGGUUAACUCACUUUUUGACUCUUCUUCUCAGCUCCUGCGACAUCAAGUACACGGAGGGAGUGCAGUCGCUGAACUGGACGAAGAUCAUGAAGACCAUCGUAGACGAUCCAGAGGGAUUCUUUGAGCAGGGAGGCUGGUCUUUCUUGGACCCAGAAAGCGAGGUAUGGUUGUUAGCGCAAAAAAAGUACACUGCAGGCUGACCAUACAUAUAUUUGUAAUUAAAUCCUUUUUUUGCUGUAUCUUGUUUUUGUCUCAGGGAAGCGGCGCUGAGGAAGACUCCGAGUCAGAAAUGGAAGAUGAAACAUUCAACCCGUCUGCUGAUGAAGAGGAAGAGGAGGAGGAAGACAGUGACGAGGACUACAGCUCAGAGACGGAGGACUCUGGUACGCCGUUAUGUCAUUAAACUCUGCAGUGAACAAAGAAUAAAAAAUCAGAUGAUUGUUGGACUUUAUUUUAAAGGACGAAAUCAGAUUGAUUAAUCGCUGUUUGCUUUAAUAGAGGAUUACAGCGCAUCGAUGGGCAGUGAGGAAGAGAGCGGGAAAGACUGGGACGAGCUGGAGGAAGAGGCCAGAAAAGGUACAUGUUUGCACCUGUUGAAUAUGCAGUCUUAGUGACCUGCUCUAAUCUAUAUAUAUAUAAGGGUAAAUGAGAAAUUAGUUGGUUCUUACCAUGAUUUAGGUCACCUGAAAUUAUUCAAAACAUCAACAAUCAGUCAAAACACCAUCUUGUCCUGUGAUAGUUGAAAUAAGAAAUUGCAAAACGCCCUGACUUGACUGCAGCUGAAUUUUUAUCAUUUUUGUGAGGGAAAGAUAAAAGUUAAAAACUUUCAGGUUCAAGAAAAUUCCCAGUGAGUCCAAAAUGUCAUUCUAAGAACACAGUAUCUUGAAAGGAACAGGCAAUUCCUUUUAAGAUACUGUGUUUUCUUGUUGUUACCUGUGGACGAACUCACUUUUUGCAGCAGUUUUCCAAAUUUUCUGCUCUUUGUAGUUAACAUGAUGAGGUUGUUUCAGUCAUUUAAAGAGGGACAGGGUUUCUGCUGGGUCUUUAAAAGUCUUAAACGUAUAAAUUCAAUAAUUUGGAUUUAGGCCUUAAAAUGACUAAAAUUCACUUAAAACCUCACAAAAUAUCUUAAAUACAAAUUUGAAAGGUCUUGAAAAUGUUUUGAUGUGACUUACCAAAAGAUUUAUUUUGAGUUAGUUAGAAAUGUUCCGAUUUCCCUUCCCGUCUUUUGUACUUUUUUUGCCAGUAUGGAUGUAAAAUGGAUCUUAAACUGUUUUCAUUAUGGUCUUAAAAAAGUCUUUUAAAUUUGACUUGUUGAAACCCGCAGAAACCCUUUUAAGGGGUGUUGUGCUUAUUAUUUUGUCUUUAAUAAUGUCCCUAAAGCUUCUUAGCAGCUUUAGAUUUAGAGUUCAUAAAAUGUAAGUCUCAGCAUUCUGGAAGCCUCGUUCACUGUUGCCAUGCAGAAAAGUUCUGUUUCUUUUUAUAAAAGGACAAAUGAGUCACUGUUUGGUGAUGUCACAAAUCUCAUUGAUCUCCCUGAAUGUAACUUUUUGAACAUUCCGAACUUCUUUUAUUCCAUUCAACACACAUUUAUCUUGAAGUCUGAUACUUUGUUUAUGUAAACAUUCUAACCAUAGACUGUAUAUAGAAUGGACACGCUACUGCGCAAGUGGUGGAGUGCGUACAACGCCACUGCGCAAUGUUGGUUUUAGAAAGUGAAGAAAAAACGCGGAAUUAAGGCUAAAAUGUACAGAAUGCGUAUUUAGAGUGUGGCAGCAGCGUCGUGUAUCACGCAGCAAAGCAUACAGGACGUGUUUCAGCUCCCUCGCAGCAUCGUACCAUGUUGUUUCCUCUAUACUGAGCCCAGCUGCUAAAUACGGAUCCUGUAUGUUUUUGGCUUUACCAACAGCUUUUUGGCUUCAGUUCCGUAUUUUGGCGGAAUUUUGUCCAUAGUAUAUACAGUCUAUGAUUGUAACUUAACACCUGUUUUCAAAAUAUGAAAAAAAGACAAAUACAGCCUCCCUCCAUGUUGAGUGUCUUGUUAAAAAAAACAAAAAUGGGUAUUUUGUCGCCCUCUAGCUGACAGAGAGAGUCACUACGAGGAUGAGGACACGUCCAACAAGAAGAGAAAGGUCCAAACAGAGCACCCCCGCAGCAAGAAGAAGAGAAGACAUUAAAUGUUUUUCACACAAACAAAUACACAUGCACACACACACACACUCGCACACUCACACACACACAUACUGCCAAACCUAGAUGACCCUUGACCCUUUCUUUUUACCCUCUCCUGACCCGCACACCUACACAAACAUACACAAUGUGUAUAUAGACGUUAGCAGCCCCUGAAUUUGGUGUUGGUCAGUGAUGUUGUAAUGAGAAGAGAGAACCUGGCGGGACACACAUACACACACAAAAACACACACACACCUCAUUUGUUAGUUCUUUUCCUCCUCAUUCCUUCCUCAUUCUCUCUUUUGUGUCCUCCUCUCGUCUCCUUUUCAUCCAUCCAUCAGGGUUUAGUGUUUGUGUGUCUGUGUGUGUGUGCGUGCGUGCAUGUGUGUUUAAAUGGGUUUUUAUUAGAGCGUUGUUCAUUUUCGUUUCUUGACUAACGGAUAAUAAAAGAAAAGACUUGAGAAGAUUCUGCCAAGUGUUUUUAUAUCAACAGAGAAAAUUAUGAAUGAGCCCGACCCUCUGUCCUUUACGUUUCAUCCUCCUCCUCCUCCUCACCUUCUUUUCUUUUCUUUUUCCUUCUGGUGUUUGUUAAAUAGUGGAUUAAACAUUUGUCUUUUUCCAGGGAGGGACAGAUACAUUUUCAGGUCUUUUGUUUUUUAAAGCGGGGGUUUGUAAAGGCACACACACACGAACACACACACUCAUACAAAGUCUCCUUGGCACUUGUCCUCUUCUUUUCUCCUUAUUUUGUUAAUUUCGAGUAGAUUCUGUUUGUUGUUGUACUGUUAAUUCUGAAAAUCCUGUUUUUGUAAUAAAAUUAAAAGGAACUCUGGUACUUUCAGGCUCCGUGUCUUUCUUUGUGAAAACUCGCCGCUCUCUUCGUGAACAACCUGAAGUGUGCGAAUUUUGUUGUCGACUGUUGGAAACUUGUGUAGAGUUUAUGCUUGUGAAAAAUGAUGUUGUGAUGUUACAUGUUUUUCUCAAUGUCAUUGAAAUCACUGUGUCGUGAGUCUAAACCUAUAGUUCUGCUGCUUUAGAUUUAGACUCCCGGGGUUUUCUGUCUGUUCCUCUCUCUCCUCUCUCCUUCAGAUCUUUAUGUCCCGUUUAAGUUACUAACAAGAUCUCUCUGAAUGUCCUCGAGUCUCUUAGGUUUCUCUUGACUGAUGCUGCAGACAUGAUCGUCAACCUCACUGACAUCAAUAACAUAAAUCUAGAGUAAACUACCAUCGGACCUGCCAACUUUAGUCACCUAACAUAGUCCAUAAUUACGUAUUUCUUUGUCCUGUACAUUAAAGUCAUAUCCUUCUAUUUAAGUUACUAACAAGAUCUCUGAAUGUCCCUGAGUCUCUUAGGUUCUUCUGGACUAAUGCAGACGUUCUGUUGUGGACCUGCCUGACUCCAGCUGUAUCAUCUAUGAUUGUCCACCUCAGGCCUUGAGCUCCUCCACCUCUUAGGUUCCUCUGUAGUCAUGAAUGUGAAGAUCAUAAAUCAAGAGUAAACUGCCAUUGCACCUGCCAACUUUAAUCAACUUAAAUUAAACAAAGUCUAUAGUUCCUUCUUUGUCCUCUACGUUGAAGUCGUAUCCUCCUAUUUAAGUUACUAACAAGAUUUCUCUGAAUGUCCCCGUCUCCUUCUUCUCUUAGGUUCAUCUGGACUGUUGCUGCAGACAUGAACGUCAGCCUCACCGACAUUAAUAACGUAAAGCUAAAAUCAACUACUAUUCGGCCUGCCGACUGUAAUCACAUCAAAGUAAUUUCACAUAGUCCAUAAUUACGUAUAUCCUAAUCCUGUAAACUGAAUUCCUUUUGUUUAAUCUUUACUUACUCCGCAACCACAACUCUGUAUGAGCUGUUGUUGUUUUUGAUGUUGCUGUCUCUCUCUUUGUAUUUCUCUUUCUUUCUUUAUUUCUCUCCAGCCCAGCAGUGGCGAGGUGGCUGUCUUACAUGAGUCUGGUCCUGCCCAAGGUUUCUGCCUGUUAAAAGGUAGUUUUUUUGUUUUUUUUCUUGCCACUGUCACUUAUGAUGGAUGAGAUGGGUCAACUCUGUCUCAUCUGAAGGUUGGGUCUUAGUAAUUCAUGAGACAAUGAGCGUGGUCUAGACCUGCUCUUUUUUAGGAGAGCGUCUUUGGAUGACGACUGUUGUGAGUUGCAACACAGGGCAGUUUGACCUCUUGACACUGAAUAUUUUUGCUGCUUUUAAUUGGAGAUAUUUUAAGUUGUGCCUAAUCUCUUUUGUGUUAAUGAACCUCCAGGCUGCUUUACAGAGGAACCUGUUCUUCUUUGGGGAAUCACGUCCUGUCACUCUGUCAGGACUUUAGUUUCCACUCCUCUUUGACUGAAACGACCUCUUUUUAAAUGUUGGACCUGCUUGUGCGUGACAGGUCAGUGACGACUGUUUGUUUGCAGCCUGUUAGAAGAGGAACUACACCAGAGAGCACAAGUGAGUCAAACUAUCAACUUUCUUUUCAAUUUGAGUCAUAAAUGGAAUCAAAUGUCUUUCUUUCUUAUUUUCAAAAGCGAAUUUUAAAUAUUUGAAUAGUAUUUUUUAUGAAAAUAGGCAAUCCUGUUUCUGUAAAAGUUCAGUUUAAGUUCUGUGUCUUAUUUAUCUACGUAUGUAACUGUAUCUUGUGUUUGCUGCCUCUUGACCAGGACUCCCUAGAAAAAGAGGUUCUUAAUCUCAUUGGGAUAUUUCUUGGAUAAAUGAAAAUAAAAUCAAAUCCAAGCCUUUCAAAAUCAAAUCCACAAGUCUGUCAGUGCAGAUUUUAAAGUUUUUCAUUCCAGGAACAAAUUGAAGAAUCAAAAGAUAAAGUUCAAGAGAGAUCACUUCAUUUCAGAGCUUUAGCAUUUACAAAGCAGUAGAAGUUACGACCUUCAAACUCGCACUGUGUUGUUGUAAAAGAUCCAUUAUGCUGAUUUCAUCCUAUUUAUGCAAAGUUGAAUUGCCCACCUUUGAUGAUGUGAUAUAAAGUCAUGGUUUUAUAGGUACAAUCUGAAAACAUUAAGAAGCAUUCCUGAGGUAAGUACCUGAAUGACUGAACUUUCAGCACAUCGACACUUAAAAGCACCCGGUGAAAGUCACAGACACAGAGGGUUCUCGAUUGAAUCUGGUGGGUGGAGAGGUGUGGGUUCACUUCCUGGGCACUGCCAAGAUGCACUGAUUGUUUGAGGGGUUCAUUUGUGCGCAGGCUCUAAAUCUGCAAGUUUCUCCAUCAUGGGAUGAAUAAAGGUUGAUCUUAUCUGACAUCUCUCUUCUAUUCUAUUAUUCUUCUAUUAAACAAGUUUAUACCUCUUCCUACUCCUUUUUGCUCAUGUAAGCUGAGGGUUGUAAAAAAAUUAGAGGAUUGCAGAUUCAGCUACUGUUUUGUUUUUUGUUUUUUCUGUCAGUCACUUAUUUGUAUUUUUAACUGUUUUAAGUUUCAUUUCUGUGAUCGUAAUAAAUAUAUCUCUAUGAAUGUCUAAUCAAGGUAAAAUAUGACAUCUAAGUUGCAGGAAAAAAAGGACAGCUAAUCAGACAUGAAGUGGAGGUUGUCUGUUCUUCUGUUUUUCAUGGGUAAGUAUGAAAAAACAAUUCCAAAUAUCCUCACCUUCUCUAUGAGCGUCGAGACUUAGGCCUCUGGUGAUUCUACAAUGAAUGAUUGAAUUUAUUUCAAACAUCUGUACAAAGAAAAAAAUAAAAUAAAUAGAAAAGUGAAUUUACAAUAAAAAGCAGAAUUUUGUUACAUCAGAAAAGGGCAAAAUCUUGAGAAAAUUAUGUUGACUGGUGCACGACUUACAACUGCAGGGGAAAUAUUUGAAAGGAUUAGUCUAAAAUGUUUGUACAAAGAGUCGUGCUUCUUAUGGGAUUAAGCCUAAUGUCUCGGAAUCUACCUCUAGGCAGGGUUCCUACGCAAGUAUGGAAAAAUAUGAACGUAAUUUGAUCAAUGUCCAGGUCUUAAAAAGUAUGGUAAAUGAAAAAUAAGGUAUUGAAAGAUAUUUAUGUUUCCAGACUAUUACCACAGUAAUAAAAAUACUGUUUUCUAAAAUAGAAAAACAGUUAUUCCCAAAAAUAAUUUUAAAAAGUAGGGUAUGGAAAAGUAUAGAAAUUCCAACUAUGUAGAAACCCUGCUCUAGGCCUUUCAGGUCUAAGAAAGAAAUUUUGUUGUUGACCACAUGUAUAUUCAAUAAGAUAAAUAAAAGAUGAAAUAUUAGCAUAACCAUAUAAUAAAACAUAUUGGCCUUGGUGUACCUUAGUCUUUACCAAUUCGCAUUUUUAAGCACACUAAAACACUUCUCUAAGAUAACUCAUUGAUAAGUAUAAUUUAGUGUCAUCUGCAUAGCAGUGAAAGUUUAUGGAGUGUUUCCUCAUGAUUUUACAUAGAGAAAGCAUUGAUGGAGUAAAAAUAAUAGGUCCAAGUACUGAACCUAGUGGUACUCCAUGGUAAACCUUUGUGUGCACUGAAGUUAUUUAGUUUAAAGGUACAAAGUGGGAUCAAGCUGGUUAGUUGUAUCCAAUGCAGCCCAGACGAACGCAGAGAGAAGUCCAAAUCUUCAAAAGUAAGUCGGGUAAAUUUGUUGUCUAUCAUCCCUUCCAUCCACAGGGCUGUGUCCUCUCAAUGUCUGCCUUCCUCCUAAGUACAACUUCAUCAGUGAGACCCUGACUUGGUUGAAGGCACAGACAUACUGCAGGGAACACUACACAGACCUGGCCACCAUCUACGACAUAGAAGACAUGAACCGGCUUGUGAACACAGCUCAGGACUCUACUGGAGGCUUUACAGGGAAGGCUUGGAUCGGUCUGCAUGAUAAUCUAACCAGCUGGAAGUGGCCUUUUUCAAGCGUUAGAUACUAUGGAGAGAAAGAGGGUGACUACAGGAACUGGAACGUGUCUCAGCCAGACAACUUCCUAGGAAACCAGAUGUGUGUGAGGAUGAUGAGAAGAGGGUUUUGGGAUGACUUGCAUUGCUUCCUGAAACUCACCUUCAUCUGCUACGAUGGUCUCAGUCCAUGUUCUAUUAAUAUAUUUAUGGUAUGACACCAAGUUAUACUUAUGUAUUGUUUUGUCAUCAACACUGACUGAUGUCCUUUUCGUCCUCAGGGUCAGCUGGUUCCACUCAGCGUUUCAUUUUUGUCAGGAGGAAGUUGAACUGGUUUGACGCUCAGCGUUACUGCAGGAGACACUACACAGACCUCGCCAGGGUUAGGAAUGAGGAGGAGAACCAGGAAAUUUAUCAUUUGGCCAAAAACAAGACCGUCUGGAUUGGCCUCCAUAGGUCUAGAAUGAGUCACAUGAGUCAAUUAGUUUGGUAAUGUUAUGUGUAACGGUCUAAAUGCUUUAGCUAAGUUAAAUCAAUGUGGUUUUUUUUAAAGGAACCGGGAAUGGUCAGAUCAGAGCGACUCAACCUACCGCUACUGGAAGCGUGGACAGCCUGAUAAUGCUGGAAAAAAGGAAAACUGUACGGCAUCUGAUUUGGGCAAUGCAGGUCUUUGGUCAGAUGAACUAUGCAGCAAGAAGCUUCCUUUUAUCUGUUACGGGGAAAAAAGUUAGUGAGUUUGCUCUAGUUUUGGUGAAAACAUUGAAUUCUUGUACUUCUAGCUCUACGCUGUUUUAAUUUUGUCAUAACAAACCACAGAUGUAUCUCCAGCGCUUCUGACUUGGCUACUGUCAAGAAGAGAUCUUCUAUAUACAUGUGGUUUUUGACUUAAAGAGGAUUGCAGUGCAAAAAGUUUUCUAAAAUAUUUUGUAAUAAGGAGUUUUGAUAAAAUCUGUUCACAUUAUUUGCACUUUUUAUUCUUUAGUUAUUUAUAAUUUUGACAUUGCAGAGGAAAAACCAGAUGUGCCAGUUUUGUCAACCACUACAACAGACACCCCAAACAAGAUAACCACUACUACUUCAUUGAUAACCUCAUCUGUGAAGUCUCUGAACCCAGGACUUGGUCAAGCAGCAUCCACUCCUGGUGAGACAAAUAAACUUUUUGAUUCCUGUUACAUAUUAAUUAGAAAUGGAAAGAAGCUAAACAGUGACCCCAGGGGAACGCCUCGUAUGGUUUGGUUGGAGGAGGGAGAUUUUACCUACCUUUUUAGAAAAACAUUUCAUGGCUUGCUAGAGUUCCAAGAUUUUUGAUGUAUUUUUUUGAGUUGGAAAUUUUUUAUCUUGUCAUUGUAAAAAAUAUUUGCUGUUAUUUUCUAACAGAAGACACAAAGAUGCAACAGAUGUCCAGCUCAACAGUGACUCCAAACAAAGGAACGACCACCACUAUAAAAUUGACGACGGGUCAUGAAAAUUCAAAGAUGGUCGUAUCAACAGAACCUUCAAUCCUAGAUAGUUACCAAACAAAACCCAUUACGAGUAAGUGUUUUACAACCUAUGAAUAUCAUACCUAAUAUAUGUAAUGUCAUUACUUCAAACCUUGUACCAUGUCUCCUUCCUGAAGGGGAAGCUUCAAACUGGCCACCUCUCAACCCAACCACCACCAUAAUGACCCCACAUAGAGAAACCACCGGCACAUAUGUGUCAACCACUGGUUAUUUUGACACUAAGUCCAUUCCAUUUGAACAGCCUUCAAACCCGGACACGGACCAAGCAAGACCCACCAGUAUUUUAAUUUUGUAUUUAUGACUAGUGAAAGGAUAGUUUCACUGCUUUUCUCUCUUUCUUCUUGAUCAUUAACUACAUAUAAGUUUCCAAAAGUCACACUGACACUUUUCUUUGAAUAGUAAAGGGUCUAAAUAAUCUAUGAUUUAAAUUGGAAUUCAUGCUGUACUUAUUUCUAAAACAAUUUCAUCAACUUUUGGACUUCCUUCAGACCUCUUGUGUCUAAAUUGCCGUGACAACGUGCCAGUGCCUUGAUAUAAAUGUCCAUGUUCUCCAUCCACAGGGUGUCCUUUCACAGGCUGCCCUCCUCAUAAGUACAACUUUAUCAGUAAGACCCUGACUUGGUUGAAGGCACAGACAUACUGCAGGGAACAGUACACAGACCUGGCCACCGUCUACAACAUAGAGGACAUGAACCGGCUUGUGAACACGGCUCAAGACUCCACUGGAGGCUUUACAGGGAAGGCCUGGAUCGGGCUGCAUGACAACCUCACCAGCUGGAAGUGGUCCUUUUCAAAUAGUGGAUAUUAUGGAAAUAAAGAGGGGGACUACAGGAACUGGGAUUUUUUUCAGCCGGACAACUUCCUAGGAAACCAGAUGUGUGUGAAGAUGUGGAGAGAAGGGUUUUGGGAUGACUUGCUGUGCUCCCUGAAACUCACCUUUAUCUGCUAUGAUGGUAAGAGUUAUGGAUAAAUACACAGUUACCGUAACAUGCAGUUACCUUCCCACACUUACUGAUGUCCUUUUCUUUUUCAGAGACAGCUGGUUCCACUCAGCGUUUCAUUUUUAUUGGGCGCCAUCUGAACUGGACCGAUGCUCAGCAGUAUUGCAGGAGGCACUACACUGAUCUGGCCAGUGUAAGGAAUGAGAAGGAGAACCAGGAAAUUCAACAUUUGGCCAAAACCAGAAGCGUCUGGAUUGGCCUCUAUAGGUCUGGAGUUACAUGGUGGUUGUUUGAUGUAAAACUGAUUAAAUGCUUUAGCUAAGUUAAAGAAUUUUUUUUUUUUUUUUUUAAGGACCCGGGAAUGGUCAGAUCAGAGUGACUCAACCUACCGCUACUGGAAGCAUGGACAGCCUGAUGAUGCUAGGAUAGAGGACAACUGCACGGCAUCUGAUUUGGGCAAUGCGGGUCUUUGGUCAGAGGAACUAUGCAACAAGAAGCUUCCUUUUAUCUGUUAUGGGGAAAAAAGUGAGUGAUUUAGUUUCACUUAAACUAUUUAACUCUUGUUUGUCUAGUUCUAUGUAGUUUUAUUUUCAUCAUAACAAACGACGGACGUAUCUCCAGCAUGUUUGACUUGGAAAACAUCAAGAAUACAUCUUUCAUGUCGCAAGUCUUUUUUUCUACAACCUCUACAUUGCAGAAGAAAUCCCAGAUCUACCAUUUUCAUCAACCACUACACUCAUUACCCCAUACAAGGCGACCACCACCGAAGAAGACUUCACUGCUGCAACGACGACUUCAUCUGUGCAGCCUCCAACCUCAGCACUGAAUAACGUAGCUUUCACUCCUGGUAAGAUGGAUGCAUUUGUUGCCAAAGUUGAAAAUCAAAACUGUGAUGAUGUCUAGGUAGCUUCACAUAGGCGAAGAAGAAUUUCCUUAUACUUGGAAAAAAGCCCCAAGGCACAGAGCUGGAAUCUAGAUGUACAUAUUUUUUCAUUUCCUCACUGUCCUGUCUCUUUUGGACGGGUUUUUGUCGAAGUAGGACCAUGGACAUCUUUUAAAUCAUGAUAAUCAUUGGAAAAGUACUGCAGUUUAAAUCAAAAGAAAGUAUGAUAAUUGAAAAUAGAAAAGGCCAUUUUGACCUUUGGUUAACUUGAGAAAGAACUGUACCAUCUUAAAUGACAAGUUCUGAAAUUAGACCGCCUAGCUCUCAUUGUGAUGCUAUACUGGGGCAAAAGUAGUCUACCCUCGAAACUAGUCCUAUUAAAUAUUCUGGGUAUUUUUGUCUUUACACUUAAUUCUCUCAGUUCAAUGACUACUUCAUUUGAAGACCAAACAAAAACCAUUACCUGUUAGUAGAACCGACUGUUUCCACACACUCUGUUUGAAUUCAGUGUUUUAUUCACUUUCUCCUCUAUCACAGUGACUUUAAAUAAAGGAACCCCGUCUGACACAAAACCCACGAUUGGAUACAGCAGUGCAGGGGUUAACCCGUUACACCAGACUGGUACUGUUACCAGUUAGUGAAUUAUAUUAUGUUUUCUUUUUUUGUAGUGAAGUCUUUGGAUGUCUCCAAAACGCCAAACUGGACACUUUUUUCCACUUUUGUCUAAACAACAGAACCAAACCAUGUUAAAAUAUAAGUGUAUGUCAUUGUGGUAAUAUUGCUUCCUUUAUAACCAUCUCUUUUCCACUCAUUUUGAAGAUGAAACUCCAAACAGGCCACAUUUGAUCACUUCCACUACAAGUACCAUAUUGACCCAGUAUACAGGAACCACCACUGAAUCCACCACUGGUGUCCCCCACAGUGGUUUCCCUUCUGAACAGCCGUCAACCCCACAUACAAGAUCUAUUACAGGUGAGAAAUAGCUCCUUUUACGUACUAAUGGUGGUGCUUACCGAGCAUCCUGUGAACCAACCGUCUCCACUCUGCAGAUGAAACUCCAAACUGGCCACAUUUGUCCACAACCACUAAAAGAUGUCUGUGUCCAUGCCACUGUACGGAUCAGUCAGAAUCAUAUGUCGUGACAGAGAACACAUCACUUAGACCGCCUACAACUACAGAGAUGGACAAGGACAGAACCGGGACAGAACCAACCGUCGUUCACCGUAGCACAAAGCACAUGUCGAUUGGGGAUCCUCUAUCCACACAAUCCUACCAAAGACAAACCAUCACCAGUGAGUAGAUCUAGUUUUAAAUGUCACAUGUACAAAGUCUUUCCCAUGUACAUAUAACACCAGAGAAGCAGGGCUAUCACGGGGGUUUAGAAAUUAGUGAGGUCAAGAUUUUUGUCUCUGACACUAUGUUCACAAAAUCGAUUUAUUGCAUCAGUGCAACUGAAACUGGACUUUUAAAAUACUUGUGCAGCAUACACUUGAGUUUGCCGAUUGUUUUGGUACUUGAACUAGUUAGUCCCGUAUCAGGGGUAAACUCCUAAGAACAACCUUAAAACACAGGUUCACCAAACAAUGCCAGCGUCAAGUGAAUAAAACUUCUUUUGGUUGUUUAUUGUGAGACUCAAUGAAGAAAUUCUUUAAAUAGACACAACAGACAAGAACCACUACCGGUGAGGAGGAUUUGAUUAUAGAUUAUAGAUUGGUUGUGGGUUGUUAAACCAAAGAGUAUCCAUUUUGCAGAUGGGACUCCCAACACGUCACCUGCUUCCACUACCGUCAUGACUACCACAGAGACCCCAAAUGGAUUACCGACCAUAGACUCUGGAUUAACAACUGGUCAAGCCAGUGAGGAGAUCACCUCAAAAGAUCGGCUUUCAACCACAGAAGUUGACAAAACAACAACAGUGACUCCAGAGAAAAGUGUCCAAACUGACAUAAACCCAACCACCAGACCUAUUUUCUCAUCUAAACAACUUUCAACCCCAACUCAGAAGAUGUUACCCACGUCUACGACUGGUCCCAGCAUUACACUGACUCCUACUGAGAGAACCCUUGCCCAAAGAAAAUCAACCUCUGCUCAUGGCAGUAUCAAGGAGACCUCAUCUGGCCAAACUUCAACGACAAACGGAGACCAAACAAGACACACAACUGGUGAGCAAAAUUGAUUUGAUUACAUUCAGUAUCUUUAUAUCAAUUAUUGCAUCAGUCUGACUGAAACUGGGUUUAUAUAAAUACAUUGAAGAAAACCAGGUAAUUUUGGGAGUUGUUCAUGUUUUCACCAUUUAACAUACGACCAGUUAGCCACUUGCUAAUUUGUGUGUUGAUUGUUUUGGUGUAUGACAUGAUUGGUCAGUCAAGAGAUGGCCCAAUAGCAAAGAGCUGAAAGAGGAACCAUCACCAUGCCUUUCUUCAUAUUUUGGUUCUCACUGGGUGGUUGUAAACUGGGACAAGGACAGUAUUCUACCAAAAUCAGCUAAUCCAGCCUUAACCAUAGAUAGUUCUUCACCUAUAGAUGAUUGAUGGUUGAAAUUCUGUAGCCUGAGAAUCUCCAUUUUGCAGGCGAAUCUGAAAACUGGCCCCUGUCUUCACCCAUCACUAAGGGUCCCCUAAAUAAAGCUGCGACAAACAAGGUAGAUUUAACAACUUUACAUGUCAGUGGAGACAAAACCUCACUGAGCCAUCCUGCAACCACAGAGCAAAGAAAAAACAGUGAGUUAAAGUAGACUUUGGUGAUAUUGAUCAAGUUAUUGUCAAGUCCAAUCAAUUAAAAUGUUUCUGUUGCAUAGAAGAAACUCCAAACAAGCCACACUUGUCCACGACCAGCACUCCAGUGACCCCAGUCAAAGAAACAACCCAUCACAGAAUACCAACCAGCAUUAGUAUCAGCUCUCCUGAACAACCCUCAACCAGAGAAGUUCACCAAACAAGGAUCAUGACCAGUGAGUGGCACAAUUCUGUCUUGGAAACAUAUUUAACAGUGUCGGCCAACCCUUUUAAUUCUGAUGCUUUGUUAUUGUCUGCUUCUAUUGUAGAGGCACCAAACACCUCAAUGAUAGCAGCCACCACAGUGUUUCCAGGUAAAGGAAUAACCCCCAUCAGUCAGCCUUCAACCUCAGAGUCAGACAAAACAGGAGCUGUCACAAGCGCUUACGUGACAACUCCCGAAAAAAGGACCCGAGAUGACCCAAAGCCAACCGCUGGUCCUCUUAUCUCACCUACGCAGCCUUCAACCCCGACUCAGAACAAACCACUAAAAUCCAAGACAACAGUCAACAGCAGAGUGACCACAAAUGAGAGAACCAGCCCUCAAACCAAAUCAACUAUCGACCCUCAAAGUACAGAGAUCAACCCAUCUGAGCUGCCGUCCACCUCGCAGGUCCCUGACCCUCAAACCAGGACAAGUGAGUGAUGUUGCUAAUGGUCUUGUGUGUGGAAUAAGCCACAGAGAAGCAACAAAACAAUUUACUCAUGGUUUAAAAGAGUUUUUGGUCACAUCAAGGUUACAAGAUAAGCAAAUCAAAGGCACAGUUGACUUAACAGACAGGCAGUCGUACGAGGAGGAUGAAGGCCUGUCUCUGGUCAAAUGAGUCCCCUUACGUCUCCACAAAGACAGAGUUGUUGCAGAGAGAAAUGUAAUGUAUGGCGGCUCGCUUCGGCAAAAAAAAGAAUUUGAAAGCAUGUUUUGAACCAUAAAUGCAGUCCUGAAUUGUUGCAUCUGUAAUGAGUUAUAAAAUAAUCUCUAUUCAGGAAACAGUUCCUCUACAACCUUGUCAUUGACUUAUUUUUCCAAGAUAUAAAGAUAAAAUAACCACGUCUCAGCCACCUGUAACCGUAAAUACUGUGGUUGCUUUACGAAGGUGAAAUCCAACAGCGGCUGUUGACUUCCACCACCACCAAGACGACCCAAAACAAAAGAUCUGCCACCAAAACUAAGUCAACAACUGGUGAUGCUGAUCUAGUGGUUACAUCAUUUAAGCCGCCCUCGAUCACAAAAACCACUGCAAGUGAGUUAAAUUGUUUUUUUAGUUCAAUUGUGGAUUGUGUUCUUGCAAUGUGUGACCACUUGCAUAAGUCUCUCCUAAACAUUGUGGACUUCAAACCCCAUACUUCUGUUUUUCAGCGGAAACUUCAAGAAAGCCACCUUUGACCACCAUAAAAAUGGAAAUCCCAACUCCAAGACCUACCAGUGACACAAAAUUGUCAACUGCCCACCUCAGAAAAGCCUCAUCAGACAAACAACCAACCACAAAGGCAGACAAAACAAAAACCUCUAUCAGUGAGUAACACUGAUUUUAGUUAUGGUAGCUAGAGUUCUGAGUCGUAUAACUGAACCACCAUCAUAGUGAUAAAAAGUAAAAGAACCACCAUAUCUCCUUAUAUUUCACAGUUAAAACUACGAACAAAUCACUUCCAUCCACCACCGAACCAAGCAGAAGAACCACAACUAACACGAAAUCAACCACUUCUUAUCCUAGAACAGAGUUUCCCUCAUUUAAGCAGCCUUCAACCACAGAGGUCCAAACCAGAACCACUCUCAGUAAGUUAGACUGCUUUCUUCGUUUGAAAGAUAUUAAACAACUGGGAAAACAGUUGGGUUUUUACUUGAUGGAACUCAAAACUACUCAACUAUCUUGAUCAUAGAGAUCCAAAACAAAAGAAUUACUACUGAUGUGGUCUCAGGGAAGCAGUCCUCAACAGCAAAGCAGGACCAAACACAGACUGUUACCAGUGAGUUUAUGUUUUUACUCGCCCUGUGAAUUCCAUGUUUCCAGUUUGGUAAUUAAACGUGUCAAACAAGACUGUUUUCUACCACCUCCUUAGUGACACCAGUUAUAGAGUCCACCGCCAGAAGUGCAGAACCAACCACCGGUCCUGUCAGUUCAGAGCCUACCCACUUUAAAAAGCUUUCAACCCCACAAGUGGAACAAGCUAAACCCACAACAGGUAAGUAAUACUGAAAGGGGGGCUUUCAUAACUUUUUAUUAUGCUUACUUUUACAAGCAUGCGUCCACUUUGCAGGUAGACCUCCAAAUGUUCCACUGACAUCCGUCCCUAUAACCUCAGUAACCAAAAGAAAGGGAACCACAGCCAAGACUCAAUCAACCACCAGUCAUGUCAGCACCGAGGAGUACCAAACACAAACAACUACCAGUAAGUUUGAUAACUUUUUAAUGGUUCGAUAAUGGUUCAAACUGUUGGAUGCCUUGUUAACAUCAUGACUACCACUACCUCAGACUCCCAUAACAAAAGAACUACCACCAAAACUGAAAGCACCACUGGUCUUCUUCAUACAAUCUCCUCAUCAUCUGAGGAGCAAAAAGGAACUGUUACCAGUAAGUGGAUCUACUGUACUCGUUAAUUCCCAAGUUUAAUUAACGGUUAAAAUUUUGACCUAUGUUGUUACAUCAUUUUUUUCCAUUGAGCAGCUGGUGAUCCAAACAGGCCACUUUUGUCCUCUUACACUACCAGCACCACACUAAACCCAAUAAAGAGAACCACUAAUGGCGUUGAAGCAGCUACUGACCAUGUCAGUACAGAGAAGACAUCGUCUGAACCGCAAUCAACCACCGAGGUUCAGCAGACUAGACCCACUACCAGUGAGUGACAUUUCUUGUCUCGUCUUCCUGUAAUGCUAGUGGUUACAUUGCACCUGAUAAAUGUCAUUAUUAUUUUGAAAAUAAAACUCUGAACAAAUAAGUUGACGCUACCAUAACUGUCACCACUUCAGCAACCCCAGGUCUAAGAGCUACCACUGAGACAGAACCAACCAGUGAUGGUCAAAGCACAGAGAUCACAACAUUUGGACAGCCUCCCACGAAAGAAAUCUACCAAACAAAUAUGAUAACUGGUAAUUAUUUUUACAUACAGCUACCUCGCAGCUAAAAUGUGACAUAUGUUUCCCAUAUUUUAGCAUUUUAAUAAACAAUACACAAACUUAUGCUAACCCCUAAAAAACACAAUCUAUAUGUACUUUAAUUUUGAAGACUAAAGAAUUAAACCCUGACUUGGACAUAGUGAAGUUGGCUCUAAGGAGGCAGUUUUUUAAAAGUCCAAGGGGACCGAGUAAUGACCCCUGGGGAACACCUUAGCCUAUACUGUAUAUUUCCUGCUGCUUUAUUUUCCUUUAGGAUACGACUUAAAGCUACAGCUGUUUAUUUUAUCUUCUAAAAUUUACUCUGUGUUGUUGUUUAAAGAUCUAAUGUGACUCCAAAUUAUUCGUCUUUGUGUCCAAUUUUUAGACCGAACUCCUUCACCAGCUAUAACUGCGACAAAAAGUGAAGAGACCACUUCUGAUAGUCAACCAAUCACUAGCCUUUUAAGCACAGUCUUGAUCUUAACUGGGCAACCUUUGACCUAUGGGACAGACCAAACAAGACCUUCACCCAGUGAGUUCCAUUACAUAUUAUACAUUUUCACUGGUAGCAGGAAUUGUGAAACCACAUAUGUGAGUUAGGUUUUUGUUUAAUUUACAGGUUCAUUAGGGUUGUUUUUAAAUUUAUAUGAAUUUUGUAGGUGAAAUGCAAAAGACGCACCAUUUAUCCAUGACCACAACCACAGAGCAUAGAGUGACAACCAUUGAGAGACCCUCAACUAGCACAGAAUCCACCUCUGGUAUGUCAAGUGAAUCACUAAUGGAAGAAAUGGUUCAUUAAAAAAUUGGCCUGAAACCUUGUGAUUAACUUAAGUCCAAAUCUAAUUUCCCAAUCCUAUAAAAGAAAAUUCAAACUCACUCGUUGCCACGUCAGAGAAGCCUUUCACCCCAGAUGUGGACCAAUCGGGACUCUUUACUGGUGAGUAAAACUUCAUAAUUUUCACGAACGGGGAUAUUUCCAUGUCUUUUGCAUCCUUUAUUGUAAUUUUGCCGAUACAUUGCCCAACCAGACAGCCUACUUUCAAAACAAACUCAUCAACCACAGGAUUCCAAAUUCAGCAGUUUUUACUUUUAAAAGUGGAGCAAAUGUGACACAUUUCUUAAGAGGAAAACACGAUUCUGUUGCUCAUUCAAAUUUUAUGUUUAUCUAUUUAGCAAUAGCCAAAGUUUCCAUAAAUGUUAUUGCUUGUAGACGUUGCAAUGGUCGUGCCAAAGUUGACCCAGUUCCCGACUUUAAAACGGCCAUUUACAAACUUUUACAACACUGCGUUUGUGUUUUUCCGGAAGUAAUUCAGUCACGGUUGUUUGUUUUUGGCAGAUUAUGUGGUUAUCCUGGGAGUGAAACUUACAUCUGAAACACAGUUGAGUGAAGAUGACCUCAAAGAGUUGGUAACAGUGCAGGUGAGACGAGAAGAUGAGACCACUUAAAGCAGUUAAUGUUUUUUCUUUCUUUUCCAUUUUGAAUAUAAAGCAGUUGAUCACAUUACUUGCUCUGAAGUUUGAUGUAGCAUUUUAUAGUUGAAUUGCGAAUUGAAAUCUUUGUGCUUUGCCAGUUUCGCAAUCUCCUGAUCGAGAGAGGCCUCCCUCCGACCAUUAAGGUUGGCCUGAUGAGACGACUGAAGUAA